UUUGCUAGGUUAUAUAGUACAACUGUCUGGUCGUGAUGGAUGGGAAUACUUCCGGAGAAAUAGCGGAAACAGUUGUCAGAUUGCUUACUUAUGUAAUCGGAACCGUUGGAAAUCUUAUCGUUAUCUUCGUUAUUUUGUUUCUGGGAGAAUACAAGAAAAUAACGCAUUGGUACGUUCUGCAACUGGCGCUCGCUGAUCUAUUAUUUUUGCAAACAGUUCCGUUUUGGGUGACUCAAUUGCUAUAUAAAGGAUGGGCGUUUGGGUCGUGGUUUUGCACCGUGUGUUCUGCUAUAUUGUAUAUCAAUUACUUUUCAUCCAUCUUGUUUUUAAUGAUCAUGGCAAUCGACCGAUACCUUGCAGUUUGCCAUGGCCAAAAGCAAUUUGUACAAAACUUGAGAUCAAAUAAAAAAUGCAAUAUGAUCACUCUUUGUACUUGGAUACUCUGCUUAGUCCUCUGCUUUCCACUCAUGUUAUAUACCAGAACAACUGGGUUAGAGCCACAUUGCAGAUGCAGAUUAGUAUUUCCAGAAAGUCCUGUAAACUGGUGUGAAAAGUUUGAUCCGAGAAACGAUGUGAAUGAGUGCCUGAACACGACGUUCAUCUUAAGAUACAAACCGCCAACAUGUAAGUCUGCUGAAAUAUCAACACCAACGAUAACACAGCCGAUUGAUAUGGGGAACUCCUCGGAAUAUGAUUAUCCUGAAUAUGGUGAAGAUUACUAUUCUGGGUUCUCCGGAGAAGAGAUAGGCGAAACUGAAAACGAAGAGCAAACAGAAUUUUACUGCAAGGAUACUUCACUCCAGCCUGGAAUGACACUUUUUGUUCUGGCCCAGUUUAUAGCGUUUUUUGUUGUUCCGCUUGUUGUUAUUACGAUUUGUUACGGUUUAAUCGUUUUUCAACUGAGAAGCAAAAUGAUGACAAGUGAUUCACAUACUGAAGAACAUAACUCUAAAGCGAAAAGGGGAAUUUUCAAAUCCAGGAAAUCCUCUUCUAUCUCAUCAACGGGUCGAUCACAGAAAGAUAAAAAGAGAAUCACUAUGCUCUGCGCUAUUUUGGUGGUGGUAUUUGUUGUAUGCUGGCUACCGUACCAUUCGAUGAUGUUGGCAAUGAUUGACGGAUUCUCGACUCCAUAUCCGAAUUUCUGCAAAUCUGCUUCAGUUGUGUUUUUCACUCUACCAUACGCUAAUUCUGCUCUAAAUCCUUUUAUGUACAAUUUUCUUGGAUCUUUUAGAAAAAGACUGAAACAAAUCAGAUCUCACGAAAGAACUCGAGUGGGAAAGGAACAUCCCAGAUGUCCAGCGAUGAAUUAAAAUCAAGAAAACAGAGGAACGGGAGCGCACCGCAUAGUGAAGACGUGCCACUGAAGAUUAAAGCGGACCAGACAACUGUUUGAUAGUGGGAGGGCAAAGUAUGUUUCGCCUAGCAUUGUUUACCUUUUCGACUGUUGACAACAAUCAACAACUGUCGGCUUCAAUGAAAAGCCGGAAAUGUGUAUGCUUAUCAGCAAAUAUAACUUGGACCUGGACAUCACGACGCACUGGUUUAAAAUUCAUCCAGAAUACAAGGAAUGAAAUUUUAACCUUAUUUCACAAAAAAAACUAUGAAUAUCAUAUUGAUAACAAUCAUGCAAAAGGCAUCAUUUCUUCAUAGAAACAUCAUUUUUAUUCGUAAACAUCUCCAAUUUUGUAUGUACGUAUUCACUCCGAGCAAGAGAACGAAAUCUUUCCGGUUCGGGUUUACCUACCAAAGGGGAUGCAUCAAGAUGGCGCACAACCUGAACCCCAACCUGGCACACAUACUUUGUUCAGGUUGUGCGCCAUCUUGGUGCACAUACUUCUGGAGGUCCAACGCGUCAGAUAUUUACAAACUCCUGGACAACUGGGAUUAGUAGAAGAUGACACCACGUGACAUUGGAAUCGUAGCAGAGCUCUUUCCCUGUGACGAAAAUAUAACAAGAAGGCAAUGCUCAAAUAUGUGGUCACAAAGGCCUAAGCAAGUAAUCGGAGCGCCGUGUUUGCUGAAAAAUGGCGGACAAGCUUGGGGGAAUGAAACUAAUAGCCUUUUAACGGCAUCUUUCAUCUUUACGCACUGGAAAUUUGAAAUCAAGAGAUAUUGCAUAUAUAAACUUUUUUUUUCACGAAAAAAACCCAACAGGUAUUCCAUUAUUCUAUAUUUUUUAUGUUUCAUGAAUGCCUUUUAUGUAUAAAUUGUUGACACAAAAACUGUAAACGAACUACGAUAGAUCUGGUCGCUCCUUGAAGACCGAACGCUGCAGCAACCCGUGUUUGGGAGACUCCAUUCAAGGUCUUCAGAUACUCCCAACAACUUCAAAAUGAGUUACUGCCGGCAAGUCUUUGAAAUUGCAAAAAUAAUCUAGUGAGUAAUGCUGUUAUAAAAAAA